GCGCAUGGCACGUCGUCAUCGCGCUCCCAACACCCGGAAGCGUAAGGAAAUGCAACCACAAGUCAAACAGGACUUUUUAAACAUCCCACGUAGCAUCGCCGUUUGUUAGCCGCCUCGAAGAUGAGUGAUAAAGAAAAGGACCCUGCGACCCUGAAAGAGGAGGGCAACAACCUCUUCAAGGCAGGAGACAUGCAUGGUGCUAUCUGCUGCUACACCAAAGCUUUGAAGCUGAGUGACAGCCAAGCAGACUGCGCUGUCCUCCACCGCAACCGCUCCGCCUGCUACCUCAAGCUGGAGGACUACACCAAGGCAGAGGCUGACGCUUCCAAAGCUCUUGAUGCUGACGCUGCUGAUGUGAAAGCGAGGUUCCGCAGGGCUCAGGCAUUUCAGAAACUGGGUCAACUGGACCAGGCGUUUCUGGACGCACAGAGGUGUGCCCAGCUAGAGCCCAAAAACAAAGCUUUCCAAGAUCUGCUCAGACAGUUGGGAGCACAAAUCCAGCAGAAGUCGAUGCAGCUAAACUCCACAGAUGCUCGUGUGCAGCAGAUGUUUUCCCUCCUCUCAGACACAUCCGCAAAAGAUUCGGAUCGGCUAAAAGCUGCUCAGAAUCUGGUGGUGUUGUCUCGAGACGAGGCAGGAGCUGAGCUCAUCUUCCGAAACGAUGGAGUCAGGCUGAUUCAGAAGUUGCUGGCGUCAAAACAGGAGGAAGUGGUUCUUUCUGCUCUGAGGACCCUGGUUGGUUUAUGUACAGGGCAUCAGUCAAGAACUAUGGCCAUAGUGAAUGAGUUGGGCAUGGAGCAGCUGUGUACAGUCAUGGGAUCAGGCACGUCCACGGUGUCGCUGGCUGCCUGCCACCUGCUGCAGGUGAUGUUUGAGGCUCUGACAGAAGGCAUGAGCAGAGAGAUCAGAGGCAAAGAGGAAGCUAUACUUCCUGAACCAUCCAAGGAGCUGCGCUCUAUGCUGCGCCACCUCCUGGAAAUGAUGCCAGCAUCGAGUGUGUCAGGGUCCGGCAGAGACAGCGCCAUCAACCUCCUGGUCAAACAAGUUCCCCGCAAAUCCCUAAAAAUGCCAGACAACUCCGUCACAUUAUGGGUGAUCGAUCAGGGGCUGAAGAAGAUCCUGGAGGUGGCAGGCACAGUCCCUGAACUCUCAGACGGUCCACCUCUCACAGACAACUCCCACAUGAGCUGCUCUGUCCUGCUGAGCAAACUCUAUGAUGACCUAAAGAGUGACAAAGAGCGGGAGAACUUCAGCAAACUAUGUGAAGAAUAUGUCCAGCAACACUUUGGCCAGCCUGGUCUUGAGAGCAAGCUGCGGGCCAUUCAGACGGUAUCGGUGCUCCUCCAAGGACCGAGCGAUGUGGGGAACCGAACGCUGGAGAUGUCAGGAAUGAUGGAUGCCGUCAUCUCUCUGUGUGCCUCCAAAGAUGUAACUCACCAGCAGGUGGCAGUGGAGGCUCUCAUUCAUGCUGCAGGCAAGGCCAAGAGAGCCUCCUUCAUCACAGCAAAUGGUGUGGCACUCCUGAAAGACCUUUACAAAAAGAGCGAGAACGACAGGAUACGUGUGAGAGCGCUCGUGGGUUUGUGUAAACUUGGAUCAGCAGGAGGGACAGAUUUCAGCAUGAAGCAGUUUGCAGAGGGAUCCACGCUCAAACUUGCCAAGCAGUGCCGGAAGUGGCUGUGCAAUGAGUCUCUGCCCCCGACCUCUCGCCGGUGGUCUGUAGAAGGCCUUGCAUACCUCACCUUUGAUGCAGAUGUGAAGGAGGAUUUAGUAGAAGACAAGAAUGCUCUUCAGGCCAUGUUUGAACUAGCUAAGUCUGAAGAUAAGACGGUGCUGUUUGCUGUGGGUUCGACGCUCGUGAAUUGCACAAACAGCUACGAUGUGGAAAAGCCAGACCCUCAGAUGGUGGAGCUGGCCAAGUAUGCAAAGCAGCAUGUUCCCGAGGAGCACCCCAAGGAUUCACCUUCCUUUGUGGAGAAGCGGCUGGUGAAGCUGCUGGAGGCUGGUGUGGUGUCUGCAUUGGUGUGCAUGGUCAAACAGGAGAGUCCUGCCCUCACUGAGUCUUGUAGGGAGUGUAUUGCCAGGGUGUUCUUGGCUUUGGUAGAACGACAGGAGGACAGAGGCACAGUGGUGGCACAGGGAGCAGGAAAGGCUCUGAUCCCCUUGGCAUCUGACAACACAGAUACAGGAAAAAUCAAAGCUGCACAAGCCCUGGCCAAAAUAACCAUCACAUCCAAUCCUGAGAUUGCCUUCCCAGGAGAAAGGAUUUAUGAGGUGGUGCGCCCCCUUGUCAGUCUUCUGAGUCUGGAGUGCACCCUGCUGCAGAACUUCGAGUCACUGAUGGCCCUCACCAACCUGGCUGGCAUCAGUGAGAGGCUAAGACAAAAGAUUAUAAAGGAGAAGGCUGUAGCGAAAGUCGAAGGCUACAUGUUUGAGGAGCACGAGCUGGUCCGAGCAGCUGCCACAGAGUGCAUGUGUAAUAUGGUUCUGAGCACUGAGGUACAGAAGCUGUUCCUGGCCACUGGGAAUGAUCGACUGAAGCUGCUUGUGCUGUACAGCGGAGAGGAGGACGAGAGGCUGCGGAAAGCUGCCGCAGGAACUCUGGCCAUGCUGACAGCUGAGCAGCCUGAGCUGUGUGCCCGCAUCCCCGCAACAACGACCCACUGGCUGGAGAUCUUGCAGGCUCUGCUGCUUAGUGAGAUAGUGGACCUGCGCCAUCGCGGCGUGGUCAUCGUUCACAACAUGAUGCAAGCAGACAAGAGCCUGGCUGAGACGCUCAUGGAGAGCGAGGCACUGGAGAUCCUCUCUGUCCUGGCAAAGGGAGGAGAGGCCGGACCAAACCCUGCCUCCAAGAUAGCCCAGCACUGCCUGGAUAAGGCCAUAGAGUACGGCAUCAUCAAGAGCAGGGAAGCAAAGGAAACAGAAGGAACUGGGCCUUGAGGACAAUGUAGUAGUGUGUGGAUAUGUUUGAUCAGAGAAGACGUGUGCUUGGCGGUAACUGGGACCAGUGAAAUAGCUUCACCUUUUGCCAGAAACAACUUUGAUCUGGAUGAGUACAUGUGUACAGUCUAAAAUGCACGAAAGUCUAAGUGUCUUACAUCAUUUCCUAAAGCAGAGGAGUUAAGAUUUUAUAACAAUAAGUGUAUAUAUAUUUUUGAGAAGUGGUUACAGAAAACCAGCAGAUUCGGACAAUGAAGUUGUGUAAUGAAUGUGCUUUUGUUUUCUCUGUCCCACUGACUGUACUUAUCUCCACAAAAGACACAUCAAGCAAGACUGCAUCACAGCUUGGAGACCAAAAACUUCAUCCAUGCUCUGCUGCAGAUAGUUGUUCCUUAACCUUUGCAAGCAUUGUUUUUAUUUUAUAUAAUUAUUUUCCGUAAAUAUACCAAUGCAUUUAUUUCACUCUGCACACACACUACUUGUUUUGAUAUAAUUUACCCUCAUUUGUGACAAAAAAAAUUCACUCUCACAACUUUGACUUUUUGUGUUGUGCCCUUUUAUUUUAUUUUUUUUUUUUUAACCAUGACACCACUACAUUUCCAUUUCUCGUUUGUGACCUCAAACAUCAAAAGAAUAAAAAGUGUGUGACUGUG